CGACAUGAUCACACAGCAAUAAAAGGCCACAACGGUCGAACUCGGGGCCAAUUCAGUUGCGGUAUCGAUUCCGACAUGUUCAAUUUGCUGGUUGUGUUGUCUGCGUGUGUGUGCGUUGGUUACGCUGCAGUCGGCAUCGGACCCUUGCAGCCUAAGCCAGAGGAAUUCAAAAAUCAAGAAGGGUGUUAUAUAGAUGACCUGAAAGCGGUCAUCCCAUUUGGACAGUCAAGGCCAUCCAAGACUGCUAACAAUUGUAUGGAAUUCAGUUGUAGUACGAUGCUGAUCACAUAUACUACGUGUGGUGCGGUGGCGGCGCAGCCCCCCUGUAAGAUAGUGACGGACAAAGAGAAGACCUAUCCAGACUGCUGUCCCCGAAUUGAGUGUCCUUAAGCUUCGUUAAGACUUCAUUUUUGUAUCAAUCUCUAAUGUUUCUACUCUAUAACUUGCUGCUCACAUUAGCCUUGUUUAUGUAACUCAUGUGCUUAACUAACCACUCAAUGUAAUAGAUCCACAAUAAAAAAUGCCUACAAGUCUUUACAUAUGUAUACUAAAUAAAUGAAAUUCUUGCUUAUGA